UAUAUGUUGACAUGACGACGACAAUGACAUUGACAAGUUGACUGCAAGGCAAGACCGAUAGUUUCAUAGGUUAUGUUUCAAUCUCCAUUGGUCAAGAUAUUUCGAAUUUUAAGCGAAAAACUAUACAUAUUAGUAAGAAUUAUCCAAACCACAUAAGGAACAAAAACAAUGGAUGUAAUAAAAUCUGUUGGAAAGUACCUGAACACUCCCGUGGGAACUGUUUGCUAUAAUACAGACAAAGUGUUGACGACAGUUCUUGAUAAAGAAAAUGUUGAAGGUUUUGCAAGUAUUAUUCUAAGACUGGCUUCAAAAAGUGGUACUAGUAUGAGCGAAGAGCAAGUACUUCUUAGUUAUCAGUGGCUGGAACACAUAGCAAUGUAUGGCAACCAAGCACUUUCUAAUCCUACAUUUGCUAAAAACUUUUUACAGGGCAUUAAUAGAGCUCUAGCAAAAAAUACAUAUUUAACUGGACAGUUUUUAACAGUAACAGAUGUUGCCGCUUAUCAUGUCUUUUAUCCUUUAAUUGAGCGUCUAAGUGUUAUAGAACAAGAAUCAUUUAUGAAUGUCUGCAGGUGGUUGAAGCACAUCCAAGCCCAGCCAAGAGUGUGUACUGGCCGGCCACCUUUACCAUUAAAUACAUUAACACUUUCUAUUCUAGCUCCCGCUGUACAUUGAGUGGUAGCUACGCUGGAUUGUAACAGUAGGUUUCUACUCUUGUGACAUUUAUUAACAUAUUGCUAACCUUUUUGUUCCCAUUGAUAAAACAGAAACAAAAAUAUAUGCAAAUAUUAGUGCCUCAGUAGUGGAACCUUACUGUUAUUUUAUUUAUUAUGAUUGUGUCAUAAAAUGCUGGGCAAUAAAUGUGUUUUGGUGUGAAA